UCAGAAAGAGACAAGGAGAGAGGACGCGAGGUGGUACUCAUUGAGAUCAUCCCAUAGGAAGCUAGAAUGAGAGGUAGUUAUCCAAACACAACUGCAAAUUAAAAACAAUCUCACUGAUUGAGAGAGUGGAGAAAUACCACGUGUAAGCAUGGCUAAUAUCACGAAGAAAGUGUCGUGGUCGAGCCGAGGUGACGAGUCCGGUGGCGGCGAGAGAACCCCACUUCUCAACGGCUCCGAAGAAGUCCGAUACACCAGACAGUUGUCCGGGGACGGUGGUAUGUUUCACAUAGGCAGACUGAGCACGGUGGAUCUGGAGGAGGAUAUGACGUCAGACGAGGACGCAGGCUGUCCCAAGGAGAUCCCUCACAACGAGAAGCUGCUGUCACUCAAAUAUGAGAGUCUGGACUAUGACAACAGUGAAAAUCAGCUGUUUCUGGAGGAGGAGAGACGGAUGAGCUUCUUAGGGUUCAAGUGUUUGGAGAUCAGUCGGUGGGUCAUCUGUGGUCUGAUUGGCUUCCUGACUGGACUCAUAGCCUGUUGCAUAGAUAUCGCCGUGGAAAACCUGGCUGGGGUCAAGUACUUCGUUGUCAAACAGAACAUCGAGAAGUUUACGGAGGUGGGCGGUCUCUCCAUCUCUCUCAUCCUCUGGGCUGUGCUUAACGCUGCCUUCGUCAUGGUGGGCGCUGUUAUAGUGGCGUUCUUCGAGCCAGGAGCAGCAGGAAGUGGUAUACCCCAGAUAAAGUGUUAUCUGAACGGAGUGAAGAUACCCCGGGUGGUAAGACUCAAGACCCUGGUGGUGAAGGUGUGUGGUGUGAUCUGCUCUGUCGCCGGAGGACUCGCUGUUGGAAAGGAAGGUCCCAUGAUCCACUCUGGUGCGGUGGUGGCAGCAGGAGUCUCCCAGGGACGCAGUACCUCCCUGAAGAAAGACUUCAAGAUCUUUGAGUAUUUCCGUAGAGACACAGAGAAGAGGGACUUUGUAUCAGCUGGAGCGGCUGCAGGAGUGUCUGCUGCUUUUGGAGCACCAGUCGGUGGUGUUUUGUUCAGUUUGGAGGAGGGGGCUUCUUUCUGGAACCAGAUGCUCACAUGGAGGAUAUUCUUUGCGUCCAUGAUCUCAACAUUCACUCUGAAUUUCUUCCUGUCCAUCUACAAUAAGAAACCUGGAGAUCUCUCCAGCCCUGGUCUUAUCAACUUCGGACGCUUCGAGAGUGACAGUGUGGCCUACAACCUCUAUGAGAUUCCCUUGUUCAUUGUAAUGGGAGCUGCAGGUGGAUUGCUGGGAGCCCUGUUCAAUAUCCUCAACUACUGGCUGACUAUAUUCAGGAUCAGGUUCAAUAUCCUCAACUACUGGCUGACUAUAUUCAGGAUCAGGUUCAAUAUCCUCAACUACUGGCUGACUAUAUUCAGGAUCAGGUUCAAUAUCCUCAACUACUGGCUGACUGUAUUCAGGAUCAGGUUCAAUAUCCUCAACUACUGGCUGACUGUAUUCAGGAUCAGGUUCAAUAUCCUCAACUACUGGCUGACUGUAUUCAGGAUCAGGUUCAAUAUCCUCAACUACUGGCUGACUGUAUUCAGGAUCAGGUUCAAUAUCCUCAACUACUGGCUGACUGUAUUCAGGAUCAGGUUCAAUAUCCUCAACUACUGGCUGACUGUAUUCAGGAUCAGGUUCAAUAUCCUCAACUACUGGCUGACUGUAUUCAGGAUCAGGUUCAAUAUCCUCAACUACUGGCUGACUAUAUUCAGGAUCAGGUUCAAUAUCCUCAACUACUGGCUGACUAUAUUCAGGAUCAGGUUCAAUAUCCUCAACUACUGGCUGACUAUAUUCAGGAUCAGGUUCAAUAUCCUCAACUACUGGCUGACUAUAUUCAGGAUCAGGUUCAAUAUCCUCAACUACUGGCUGACUAUAUUCAGGAUCAGGUACGUCCACCGGCCCUGUCUCCAGGUGAUGGAGGCCAUGCUAGUUGCCGCGGUAACGGCGACGGUGUCGUUCGCCAUGAUCUAUUUCUCUAAUGACUGUCAGCCUCUCGGACCUGACCAGUCAGAGGACUACCCUCUACAGUUGUUCUGUGCGGAUGGAGAGUAUAACUCCAUGGCAACGGCCUUCUUCAACACACCUGAGAGGAGCGUCCGCAGUCUCUUCCACAACCCACCAGGUUCCUACAACCCUCUGACUCUAAGUCUUUUUACUUUGACCUAUUUCUUCCUGGCCUGUUGGACCUAUGGCCUGACUGUUUCAGCUGGAGUCUUCAUCCCGUCUCUGCUCAUAGGAGCUGCCUGGGGAAGACUGUUUGGAAUACUGCUGGCUUCUAUCACGCCUGACGGAUCGAUUUGGGCCGAUCCAGGGAAGUAUGCUUUAAUAGGAGCUGCAGCACAACUGGGGGGCAUAGUGAGGAUGACUCUCAGUUUAACAGUCAUCAUGGUGGAAGCAACAGGAAAUGUGACGUACGGUCUCCCCAUCAUGUUGGUGCUGUUGACGGCCAAGAUAGUAGGAGACUACUUUGUGGAGGGUCUGUAUGACAUCCACAUCAAGCUGCAGAGUGUUCCCUUCCUGCACUUGGAGGCCCCUGCCACCUCCCACUGGCUAACAGCCAGGGAGGUGAUGAGUGCCCCAGUCACCUGUUUUAACCGUAUAGAAAAGGUUGGCACCAUCGUGGACGUCCUUAGCAACACCUCCACCAAUCACAACGGCUUCCCUGUCGUCGUGCCGGUCGCCGCUAGCGACGAUAUGGGGAAGGUCUGUGGACUCAUCCUUCGCUCUCAGCUCAUUGUUCUGCUCAAACACAAGGUGUUUGUAGAGCUGGCUCGAUCCAGGUUGACCCAGAGGAAGCUACAGCUGAAGGACUUUAGGGAUGCCUACCCUCGCUUCCCCCCCAUCCAGAGUAUUCACGUAUCACAGGAUGAGAGGGAGUGCAUGAUGGACCUUACAGAGUUCAUGAACCCUACACCCUACACUGUACCACAGGAUACGUCUCUUCCUCGUGUGUUUAAGUUGUUCAGAGCUCUGGGUCUCAGACACCUGGUGGUAGUGGACAGUGAAAACAGGGUUGUAGGUCUGGUGACUAGGAAGGACUUGGCUCGUUACCACCUGGGGAAGCACGGACUGGAGGAGAUGCAACUGGCUCAGACAUGAUACACAUACUACUAUUAUUAUUAUUACUACCACACACACACACA